CGAAACACAAGGCAGGCUGCUAGCUGAGAGGGCAGCAUGGCGGGGCUUCAGGACUUCCAACCAGGCAGCCACUGUCACAGGAAAACGUGGAUCAAUAUACUACUCGGAAUACUACAAAUACUUUUACCCUGCGUCCAGCACGGAGGGGCUCAGCUGCAAGCCAUGAGUCAGAUGUCCAGCAGCGUGGUCGAGGUCUGGCAAGCAGAGGACGCAGACCCCUUAGUCCAUCUUCAGGUGGAGAAGGAACGAAGAAAGGAUGUUCUUCCACUAGAGGAAGGCUCCCCUCUAUAUACACGGGAGAAUGGGAGGCCGUUGCAUUUUCAGCCCCCAGCGUUGGAGUUCGGGUUGCAGCCGCUGGGGCUGCCGAGAGCUGAAACCAUAAAUAUACACAACCCCAGCCAGGAGGUUCCUGUGACACUGCUGUCGAUGUUUACAUCCAGCAGGCAGCUUUACAUACCUUUCUAUCACAGAAGAGUGAUCCCACCCAGAGGGAAGGCUUCUUUUAAACUAAUUUUCCUCCCGUCUGAGGAGGGCAAUGUAGAAAACACAUUAUUUAUAAACACGUCGGACCAUGGGCUGCUGUCAUACCAGGUAUUUGGUGUGGGCGUGCACCAGGGGUCAUUAAAGUCUGUCCAGAGGAAGGACAGUGUGCUGGUAUUCCCUCGCAUCCAGAGCAUUAAGCUGACCCAAACUCAGGAAGAUGCCUCCAACAUCACCACACUGGGUCUACUCCUGGAGUGCAGCUUACCCAAGAGUGUGUCCAACGAUCCUCAGGGGUCCUGCCUCCAGAGCGAGGAGCGCCUCAGCCUGCAGAUUAAUCUGUCUGCGCAUGGCGACCGGCCCACUGACCUGGACAAGCUCAAGCCUUACGUCAUCGAGCACAUUUUGGUGCUGCUGAUGGCCCCCGCUGCUGGACCGGCUGCAGGAGGUGAACCAAAAAUAGGAGUUUAUAUGUUAAAUUCUGGAGGCAAGAAGCUCCGUGUAAAGGACAUUCAGUUGCUAUCAAAAGUGGAGGCCAGCCUGGAAAUUAAUCAGGUUGUUCUGAGGCCGGAGGCAAAAAACUUCACUGAAGUGGCGACGCUGGCCUGCAGAGUUCUGUUUCAUGCAUCAGGUUCAUCGCCAGGCCAUGACGGGAAAUGCACGAAUCAUAUCAGUUUAAAAAUUCUGGGGAACCGGACAACCUACAGCCUCCCUGGACUACAUACCACACACAGGAGGAGCGUGGGGUUCACCUUCAGCCUGGUCCACGUGAAACAAACAGAUGCGGACCAGGUGGAUCUGUGGCUGACGAACUCCCUCUUCUUACCCGUCACCGUGACGAACGUCAGCCUCUCGCACAACCUGCAGGGACUCAUGAAGGUGAUGAACUUCAACGCUCCACUGAGCGUCCCCCAGGGCUGCUGGCGUGUCCUGUCCCUCCAGCUGCUCCGCAGGGCCCUGCCGGUCAACCGGGUGUUCACCCUGAGUCUGGACACCAGCCUGGGCACGGCCCUGCGCAUUCCCCUUUAUUUCCACUCUUCUCCUCUCAAGCAGGGGGAAGUGGUGUUUGAGGGGAAGCCUGACUGUGGACAACCGUGCCCUGUCAGAUUGUCUGAAACCGGGCGUUCCGAUUGGCAGCGUACCCUCCUCCCCGACUUUUCCCGCUCGUCUUGGUCCGUGGACAGCAAACUGGCGGCUGAGCUCUGCUCCCGAUGGCACAGCAACAAAGACAAACUGCCGUGCAGGUGGCCCAGACUCCCCGUAGAGACGGCCUUUCCUCUGGACUUUGGCGCUACACCCGUCAAUGAGAGCAAGGUGAAGACGUUCGUGCUGAAGAAUCCUUCGUCUUCAGUGGUUUCCGUGGAGAUUCGGAUCCUCUCCCUGUACCCGGCCCCCUUAGAGGCUGUGGACCUCCUCAACAAAUGGUUUAAUAUCAGCCCCCUUUCGGUCAACAUCAGCACCACUGACUUUUCUCUCUUGGCUUCUCCCCCCAAGGCGGGUGAAAACGUGAAGGCCAUCACGGGACAGGGUGUCCUGCGUCUGCUGCUGCAGCCCUGGGAGGCCAGAGAAGUCGCUGUCGUCUUCUCUCCCUCUGAACACAAACCCACCACCACCAUUCUCAUCAUCAGGAACAACCUCACGGUGUUCGACAUGAUGGCGGUGCAGGGCCACGGGGCCAAAGAGCUGCUCCGAAUCGGAGGCAAGCUGCCCGGCCCGGGGUCCUCGCUGCGCUUCAACGUCCCUCAAUCAACUCUGAUGGAAUGUCGUGAUGGCCUGCGCACCAACAAGCCGCUCUUCGCCAUUAGAAAGAGUUUCCGGGUGGAAAAUGCAGGAGAGCUUCCUCUGACAGUCAUGUCGAUGAACAUUAACGGCUACAAGUGUCAGGGAUUCGGCUUCGAGGUCUUGCAGUGUCGGCCCUUCAGCCUGGACCACAACACCUCCUCCGAGGUCACCAUCGCCUUCACCCCAGACUUCACCUCGUCCUGGGUGAUCCGGGACCUCACCUUGGUGACGUCGCGCGGCACCUCUUUCCCGUUCACCCUCAACGUGACGCUGCCCCACCACAUGUUGCCUCUGUGCGCUCAGGUGGUCCCCGGCCCCAGCUGGGAGGAAACCUUCUGGAUGGUCACCAUCGUCUUCACAUGCUUCUCCCUGUUUGGUGUGUGUCUGAUGGCCUUCCAUCAGGCCCAGUACAUCCUGAGUGAGUUUUCCACACCCGCCAUCAGGAGCAACCACAACUCUGUCCUGACGCGGGACAACGGGGCAAUCAAUAACAUGGCACCCAACGGAGUGAGUAAAGCAAAGGGCAGCUGUAAGAGCUACGUGGACAUCUGCCACAACUCAGACAAAGGCAAAGGCCGGGGCUCUCCAGCUUUGGCCAACAUCCCCACCCCGCGUCCUCAAUCCUCCUCAAAGAGAGGCUCCCCAACCACCCCGUCCCAAACGCAAAAGAAACACAAGGUUUCACUCUAUUACACCAAAUGCAAGGCCAGCCUGUCCACAGCGGUGCCCGAUGCUAUGGCGAUGGAUGAAGACCAUGAAAUCCUCACCCCGGAUCCCCCCCUGACUCCAGACCCUGAUGUCUGCAACAACAACGAGCCCGCUUUCAUCAGCGUGCUGGAUAAAAAGACGUCCGUGGACUUUAAGGAAGACCCCAUGAGCAUUACAGAAGACAGAGCGCCAGCAGCCGUUAUGUUUCCCAUGGAAACGCCUGCUGGCUUCCCCGUUAACGUCACAGUGGGUCCAGGACCGCGACCCGGCCUGCUGGUGUGCAGGCCCGUCGAGAAGAGCUGCACUGAGAGCUCUGCAGAGAAGAUCGGCUCUGAGAAGAGGGACCGGUCUGAGAUGGAGCUGAGAGAAGAAAGCAAAGGCCAGAAAAAGAAAGCACCGAGUGCAGAGACUGGCACUGCAUCAGGAAAUAAUAAGGGAAGGAGUCGCCGCAGGAAGACGGAGAAUGUCUCCAGUGCUCCUGAGCACAACGUGGUCGUGAUACCUGAACGGGAGAAAGAACCCGAGUGGAAAACAGGGGACCAGAGCCUGAAUGGACCGCGCAACAGGAUCCGCUGCUGCAACGGCUCCAAGUCGGAGGCGCCAAAGCCCGGACUGAGUGUCGAGAGCCCCCACAAACAGAACGGUGGGGCCCCUCCCCCGACCCGGCGCUCACUCACCACUUCGCCAACGGCCGAGCACUCGAUUGUAAUCUCGCCGUGUCGAUGUCCGGCAGACGUGUGUCCUGUUCGCGCUCGACGGAAGUGUGCCACGGACCGGCGUGGCGGCGGCGAGUCGGGCUCGGACUCCGGCAGCUCGUCGGGCAGCGUGCGGGCCAGCAGGGGCAGCUGGGGCAGCUGGAGCAGCGCCAGCAGCCUGGAGGGAGACAAGGACCCCAACGCCCGGACACACGGCUGCACUACCUCGUCCAGGAAAGGGGACUCCAUGCAGCAUGGUGUCUUCCACGCAGAGAGAGACUGCUCCCAGACCGUGAAUACAAACAGCAAGACUCUCAGCAUGAACAGCUUGUACCGUAAAGACAUUUGCCAAAGCCCGGACGCCACGGCGUCCAGCUUCGCCCCGAGCUUCGCUGCCGUCGCUGCAGGAGUAGAAAGGAACAUGGACCUGACGGGUCAGUAUCUGCCUGAAGAGACGUGGUCGGCUCCGUCCAUCCCCCUCACCAACGAGUUCAGAUACAACACCACCGAAGCGCUGCCCUACAUACCUCAGCCAGCCACCACCGCGUCAUACAACGGGUUCACUUGGACUAGUGCCAACCACCAUUGCAACAGUCCCUACGCCUACCGCGAGGAAAGCAACUACAUAGGAAAUGGAACUUUUCCGGGCGGUUUUCCCGGUCAGGAGGCCCAGAAUGCACACGGCAACCAGAGCAGCUGGACCGAGGAGCAGCCGCAGGAGUCCACCUGGGACACGGCCGCCUGCGUGGGCAGCAAGCCAUACUUCUCGGGUACCCGCAGCCUCUCCCCCAUGUCCGGCCUGUUCGGGUCCAUCUGGACGCCUCAGAGCGAGCCCUACCAGAGCCACUUCCACCCCGAGCGGUCGGCCCCGAUGUCCCCGGUCACCCCGCCUCACUCCCCCUUCACCCGGGAGCCCGAGGGCCACUGCGCCCCCAUCCAGUACUCGAGCUUCAACCCCUUCGGCCCGCACAUGAACCUGGACAUAUGGAACUCUUCCUCCAACCGCAGCUCCAACUCGCAGCUCUCCAACGACUCCGGCUACUGCGGAGAUGUUUAAAAAAUGAAAUAAACAGAAAUAACGACGCGGUAGAACCGUAACGAUACUUGCAAACGUAUAAAAUAAAAAAAACAUUGAUAUGUAAAAGAAAGGAAAUAAAAAUGAAUGUUCUUUUAUCAUUAAUGGGGAAAAUGUGAAUAUUCCUUCUCUUUUAUGUUCCCAUUUUCAAAUGUGAAAGGUUAAGCAUUUGUUGUAUAUUUUUCUAGAUGUUUUGCAGUUUUGAUCAUAGAAAAUAAACAAAAAAGGUUUUGUACUUCAA